CCCUUACAUCUUAGCCGGUGCUGCUCUGUUGCUUUCCUACGCUUAAAAAGUCUCUACAAGGCCAAUUGAUCCUUAGGUACCGCUUCUGCUCUAUUGUACUGCUUUCGCUUCAUUUCACUCUAGUCUAGUCUAGCCAACAUGUCGGCCGCCACCAAGCAAGAUACCAAGCAAGAUGAUGCUACCGACCUUAGCCGGGAGUAUGAUACGCCUCUAGGCCUUGCUCACACGACUAUGCAAGCUCUCAAGGACCGCAUCAAACUCCACUACGAUCUUGCUAGUGACUAUUACCUCAGCCUGUGGGGACAGCAUGUGCACCAUGGAUACUGGCCUACCGACGAGUCCAAGGCAAAAGACACCAAAGAGGUUGCACAGACCAACCUCAUCGACCUGCUCCUUGAAAUUUCCAAGAUCCCCGAGGGCGGCAGUGUUCUCGAUGUGGGUUGCGGUCUGGGCGGAACCACGAGGCACCUCGCCUCGAAGCUCGGCUGCUCCGUGACUGGCAUCACCAUCUCUGGCAAGCAGGUCGAGAUAGCCAAGCGGCUGACAAAGACCGAGGCCGAGGCCGAAGCUACCAAGCUUGGCAAGGAUGUUGCCGCAGCUAAGGCAGAGGUUGAAGAGGACGCUGAUGGCUUCAUGAAGGUUGGCAAGGGAAAGGUCAGGUUCAUUGAGCUCGACGCCGAGACCAUGGGCGAGUACUUUUCUGGCAAGGACGCCUUCGAUGCCGUCUGGAUCUGCGAGGCUCUGAGCCAUUUCCCGAACAAGGAACUUUUCUUCCAGAACGUCCAUGCGGUGCUCAAGCCCGGUGGUUGUCUGACCUUGGCCGACUGGUUCAAGGCCGAGGGCUUGACCCAGAAGCAGUUUGACGACGAUAUCAAGCCGAUAGAGGAUGGCAUGUUGACACCCCCGCUCAACACGCAAGCCGGAUACGUCGACAAGGCCAAAGCUGCAGGCCUCAAGGUUUUGACAGAGCCAAAGGAUAUCAGCCAAGACGUUAAGCAGACCUGGGAUAUUACAUGGUCGCUCAUCCAGAAGCCUUCUUUGUGGGCAUUUGCCCUCAGUCAAGGUCGGGACGGAAUUGCAUUCCUGCAAUCAUUCAGGGCCAUGCGAAGAGGCUACGCAAACAACAACUUCCGAUAUGCCGUCAUGUCUUUUGAGAAGUAGUCAAAUACUACGGUGACCAGAUUCGCAAGGACGCUCAAGUCGCAUUUAUAGACAGCGAGAUAGUAGUUGUUAUCAUGUCAAGAUGAUAGAUCUAGACUAGAUAGAUCAUACUAAAAAAACACCAAGAUUUGGUAUCAGA